AUGGGCGAGGACCGAGCACAAGCAUCCAGUCUUCAUGAGCUCACCGAAGUCACCGAAGAGGCCUAUCUGGCUCGACAUGCUCUUGAUCACAGACCAUCAACAUCAGCGCAUGCCAUGCCGCCCGAUGAACACGUACAGACGGCCGCAACCGACAGAGACCUGCAGCAGCGAACAUUGCGCAAGUUAGACUGCCUGUUGCUGCCAUUCCUCGCCCUUCUGUUCCUCUUCAAUGCCCUGGACAAGGCGAAUAUUGGAAAUGCGGAAACUGCCCAUUUCACUGCAGAUAUCGGCCUCGAGAAGAGCGACCUGAACACGGCCGUGGCCCUUUUCUUCGCCUUCUUUGUCGCCCUACAGCCACUUGGUGCAGCUCUGGGUCGGAGAUAUGGCAUGGUCUUAUGGGUGCCCAGCUGCAUGUUGUUAUGGGGGCUAUGCACUGCCUUGCAUGCUUGGGUCCAGCACAAGUGGCAGCUGUAUACCCUGCGCAUCCUUAUCGGAUGCCUCGAGGCCGGCUUCUACCCAGUCACCGUCACCUACCUCUCUCUCUUCUACACCCGUUUCGAAUUCGGCAAGCGACUUUCACUCUUUUAUGGACAAGCAGCCGUGGGCGGAGCACUCGGCGGUCUGAUAAGCUACGGUGUCUUCUCUCGCUUCCAGGACGACCGUACCGGCGCGGGGAAACUGCCCAAAUCGCCAUGGCAGGUUCUCUUCCUGCUCGAGGGAAUCGUCACUAUGCUGGUCGCAAUUGUCGGCUAUUUUUGGCUCCCUCACAGCGUUGAAACAGCCUGGUUUCUAUCUCCAGACGAACGACGAUACGCAGCUACACGUAUUGUAUCUGACAGGAAUAUGCAGACUGCCCCUGCGGCGGCUCAGCGACCUUACGAUGAGGAGGAGAUGGAGUACAACGAAGAGUCUCGUGGCCUCUUGCCUACCUCAAAACCAUUCAUAUCUGCUUCGCAACAUCUUGUUGAUGACCGCGGCCUUAGCCCCCACGAUCUUGUUGCAGCCGUCUUCAACACCAAGAUCUGGCACAUUCUGGUCUGCAAUAUCCUCUCUGCUAUUCCAGUCUACGCAUUCUCCGUCUUCCUGCCACUAGUUCUUGCCCCAUUGCUGGAGAAGCAAGACCCUGCUCUGAUCAAUUUACUGACUGCGCCACCGCACAUCUGUGGUGCCGUCGUACUCUUCUUUGCUGCAGGAUAUAGCGACAAGCACCGUAUACGUCUUGUUCCAGUGCUGUGUGGCUUGGCUGUCAUGGUCAUAGGGCUGAUUAUGGUAGUUGUACUUCCCAUGUCUUGGGCGGUGCCACGAUACUUGGCCCUCUGUGUGCUCUUGUCUGGUACUUACGUUGCGUCGCCACUAACCGUCGCAUGGAUCUCCGGAAAUACCCCCUCCCCAGGAAAGCGCGCAAUACUUCUUGGAAUAAAUGGCUGGGGCAAUCUAGCAGGUGUCCUUUCGGCCAUGCUUUUUAACCCAAGAUACGCUGAAUCGGGCUAUGUAGUGCCCUUUGGGUGGACGCUUGCAUGUGUAGCAGUGGCCGCACUAGGUUAUGUUUUGUUUCUGAGACGUCUCAAGUCGGAGAAUGACGUGCGGCGGAGUCUCCUGGCCAGAUGGACUAUUGAAGAUAUAGAGAAGGAGAAUCUAGAAGGUCGAGGCCCGCUUCCCUCGGAUCGCGAAUGGUUGAAGCGAGUGGUCAGGUUGAUGCGGUCAAACACAAGCCUUUUGUGGCUUGCUGACUGGUUGGAACAAGCUGCUCUAGCUGGUAGGCAGGGCGAUGAAAAGACUACAUUUGUUUACGGAUUAGCAUUCACGGCCCAUUGUAAAGCUGUUCAGACGCAGAAACGAGCUUGGUACAUGGCCAAUGACACAUAUUCCUAG